AUGAAUGCGCUCAAAAGUGGAUGGUUUUCUGAGCUGCCCAUCUCCGAUCCAGCAACCGGUGAGCAUGCAGCCCUUUCCUGGCCCGGCCAAGCGUUUUCUCUGGAAGUGGAAAAAGUGCUCUGCUGCGAGAAAUCCCUGCAGGAUAUCCUGGUGUUCGAAAGUAAGACUUAUGGAAACGUUUUUGUGUUGGACGGCGUAAUCCAGUUUACGGAGCGCGACGAAUUUUCGUACCAGGAAAUGAUGGCACAUAUCCCGAUGUUUUUACAUGAGAAUCCGAAGAACGUUCUCGUAAUUGGAGGUGGAGACGGUGGAGUGAUUCGGGAAGUGCUGAAACAUUCGUCUGUGGAAAGCGUCACUCACUGUGAAAUCGACCAGAAAGUUAUCGAGGUGUGCAAAAAGUAUUUUCCAUCAAUGUCGUCAGGGUUUAGUGAUCCAAGGGUCGACGUUCACAUCGAAGACGGAUUAAAGUUUUUAGAAAAAAAUCGCAUGAAGUACGACAUCAUCAUCACCGAUUCUACGGAUCCAUCAGGUGCUGCACAAAGUCUGUAUCAGAAAUCAUACUACCAGUUGCUCAGCUCAUCGUUGUCAGAAAGAGGCAUCGUUUUGUCACAAGCUGAAAGUAUCUGGUUACACCUGGACUUCAUUGCGGAAAUGUGCAGCUACUGCAGGACCGUGUUCCCUGUCGUUUCCUAUUGUUUCGUCUCAGUUCCUACAUAUCCUUCGGGCACGAUUGGGUUUCUAGUCUGUUGCAAAGACAAGGUAAACUUUGUUACUUGUGUACCACAAAAGCCCAAACGAAUUCUAACCGACGCUGCAGCUGAAAGGAUGAACUUGAGGUUUUAUACAUCAGCUAUUCAUGAAGCCGCCUUUGCAUUGCCCAGAUUUGCUGACAAGAACGAUUUGAAGGCUAGAUAA